AGGACUUAUGAGAGAGGGGGGUGACUCGUUAUCCAUCUUUGGAGGCCGGGCCUCACAGGUUAGACAAGAGGGGAUCUCUAGCUGAUCUGAUCGGGGCGUUCUAUAAAUCAGUCCUCUUCUGUUUUAUUAUUUUUCUUUUAUUUAUUUAUUCUUCUGCUGCGUGCCAUUCUCUAAGUCCAAAUGAUUUGCCGCUCCGGUUAGGAGUUCUACCUCUUCUCUGUGUGACAUUCUGCUUGUUUCUUUCAUCUGAACUAUCUAUGUCCGGUAUCGAGAUGCGUGCGCAGACAGCGAGAAGAGAAGAAAGGGAGAGAGAAGGUGUUCUGUUUGAGAGUGUGAGGAGGGGCAAGAGGAGUGUUCGUCCAAACAUAAGGAGAGAGCGGACCCCUCUUGAGAGAUCUACUGACACCCCUUCCUUCGGGAUGGCAAACAUCACAUCUGCCCGAUGGCAGGCCAUGCUGGAUGCAGCAGAGGAGAACGAGAGACCGCUCUUCCAGAAGCUUUAUGAUGAUGCCGUGCAGAGGGAAAGGGAGGCAGCGGCAGCAGCUAGAGCCGCCAACAUUGCUGAUCAGGUGGCCCUCCUUCGGAUCCCGGAAGCCAAUACUGACCGGUUCCAGGAGGGACUAGCUGCUGCCGUAGCAGCCUUGGUUCGACUGCGGACCUUGGAAGACCUUGAGUCCCGAUCCGGUGCCAGCUCCUCGAGCGGCAACGCCGGCAGUUCUGCACUAGUCAUAGUCCCAAAUGCGAGGACAUCAGCCCAAAACGCCACAGUCCCUACUGGCGUUCAGUACAGCGGUCCCACGGUGGACAAGCGGGCGGCCACUCUGCCGUCCAAGUACGACGGGAAGGCAGACAUUACCUCUUGGAUUAGUUCCAUGCGGUCAUACUUCGAGGUUAUGCCGACACCGCAGGAGGACCAAAGUAUGAUCAUGGGGACUAAUACUGAGCCCGCCGUACGGAAUCACAUUGAGCUCCAAGCUGUUGCUGCAGACUAUGAUCGAAUAGACCUGACUGAAUGGCUGAAGGUAACCCCAGUACGCACCCUUGAGGACCUUCUCCUCGCACGGUACCAAGACAAGCAUGUUGCGCUCAAGGCUAGGUUGAAGCUUCAGGCCCUCAAAGGUCAAACAUGGAGGUCCUCCAUGCAAGCUUUGGAACAACACUUGAUUGGUCUGUUCACCACUCCAGAUUUGGGAAUGACUGACGUAUCUUGUAUGGAUGUAGUCAUGGGAGUGGCCCCUAAAGAAUACCUCUCCCUGUUGGCACUCAAAGACCAUACCACCUGGCGAGAGCUCAUGACGGAUCUAGUCAACCUAGAGGCCAAGGACCUCGCCAGGCAGAAGAAGGUGCCCGCUGCAGGUGGGAAACCACAACGCAAGCGGUUUGGAAGCAGCAACCAGCUUGCACUGCAUGAUCAUCGGGAGGCUGAAGAUCAGUCCUAUGCGGAUGAUCUGUCUCUAGAUGACGAUCUAGAGCCGGACUCCGAUAUGGGCUGUUCCACAUCAUCCAUUGAGUCUGACGUCGACAAAGAUGAAAAACUGAAUGCUUUUAGAAAGACUGCUUCAAACAAGGGGCCCAACCGUGGUUCGGGUAAGGGAACUGUUGUCCACCUCCCCAAGAACGCAAAGAUCCCUGAGAAACCGGAGGAUGCAUCAACCAAGCCUUGGGAAGCCCUCCGUGUGCGCGUCACCUUUGACAAGGACCGCACUAUCACACAUGAGCUCAACUUCUAUGUCAUGGACAAGUGUCCGUUCGACGCGGUCAUUGGCUUGGGCUGGUUAAAAGCUCAUUGCCUAAAGACCACAUGGGCGGACAAUCAGUUCGUGGUGCGUGAUGCCAAGGGGAACGAGCGUACCGUCCUAUUGGAUGAGACGCGCGAGUCCCCUGUGACUGUUCUAAGUGCGAACAAAUUCUGCAAAUCAAUGCGCAGGCGCAAGGAGGUUGGGCAUGUACAUAUACCCCUUGUAAAACCUCUCCAUGUGCCUUCUACUUUUGCUGCAUUUUUUACCUCGGUAAGUAACUCUACUUCUACCACCUCUACUUCUAAUCCAUCUACUUCUACUGUGAAUAAUCCUUCUACUUCUAAUCCGAUUGUCAUUGCUGUAAAUUCUCAGUCUAAUUUUCUUUCUCCUCAUGAGGAUGAUCCUCCACCGGAAGUCCCAACAAAUGUUCGCCAGCUAUUAGAUCCAUUCCCUGAAGUUUUGGCCGAACCUCGUGGAAUUCCCGAGCGUCCGGUCAAACACAAAAUCGAGAUAAUAGAGGGGAGUGUUCCUCCAAAGUGCUGCGUCUACCGUAUGGGACAAGGCGAGUUGGAGGAGUUGAGAAGGCAGAUUGAUGGUAUGAUUGACCGUGGAUGGAUUAGGCCCAGUGAGUCUGAGUUUGGUGCACCUGUCCUGUUUGUGCCAAAGAAAGGAGGCAAACUCCGGAUGUGUAUUGACUAUCGUGGCCUUAAUCGGAGCACCAGAAAUAAUGCUUACCCUUUGCCUCACAUAGAUGAUUUGCUAGAUGCGGCAGGUGGGUGCAAGGUCUUCUCCAAGAUCGACCUCAAAUCUGGUUACCACCAAAUUGAAGUUGAUCCAAGUGACCAGCACAAGACUGCAUUCAAAACACGCGACGGGCUGUACGAGUUCAUCGUUAUGCCCUUCAGUCUUACGAAUGCACCGGCCACCUUUCAGAGCCUCAUGGACAAGGUACUUCGCCAUCAACUCAACAGAUUUGUGGUUGUGUACCUUGACGAUAUCCUGAUCUUCAGCAAAACCAUGGACGAGCACCUCAAGCACCUUGAGGAAGUUUUGCAGGUCCUCAAGGAGGCGCAACUGCACCUCAACUUAGAGAAAUUUGAGUUUGGGAGGGACAGCGUCAUCUAUCUUGGGCAUCGGUUGUCUGCAAACGGCCUUGAGCCGAAGGCAACCAAGGUUGAGGUAAUUCGAAACUGUCCUCAACCGGCAAACGUACGCGAACUGCGUUCUUUCCUUGGUCUGGUCUCAUAUUACCGGAAGUUUGUGCCCAAAUUCUCUGUCAUUGCUCACCCUCUCUCAAGACUAACCUGCAAGAAUGUUGCCUAUGCAUGGUGUGAGAAGUGUGAGACUGCGGUCCAAGCCUUGAAAGAGGCAUUGGUGAGUCAUCCUGUGCUUCGCAUUGCAGAUCCCAACCUCACUUUCGUAGUCACUACUGAUGCGAGCCAGUUCGGGAUCGGUGCAGUGCUUCAACAAGACGAUGGUGAUGGCCUGCGUCCGCUCGAGUACUACAGCAAACGCAUGCCCAACCACAAGGUAGCUACUUCCAUGUAUAUGUGUGAGCUCUACGCCCUGCGCGAAGCUCUCGCACAUUGGAAGCACUACCUCUUGGUUCGCCACUUCAAGGUCUACUCAGAUCAUCAGACCUUGCAGUGGAUUCAGACACAAUCUGAACUCUCUCCUACAUUGACCCGCUGGUUGCAUGACAUUGAUGUCUACAACUUUGAAUUGAAACACAAGAAAGGCUGUUAUAACCGGGUUGCUGAUGCGCUGUCUCGCCAUCCUGAAUUCUUGACUUGCCUCGUGGGUUCGUAUGACCUCCAAAGGAAACUGAAGGAGGAUCUGGUCGAACACACCGCCAAGGAUCAGGGCCUUAAUCCCAUCCUUGAGCAGCUCAAGGCUGACCCUAACAGUCAACCUGAUUUUCAUGAGUGCAAGGGUCUUGUAUUCCGCCGGUAUGGGAAGUUUGAUCGCUUGUGUGUACCCAAACAUGCGCCUCUCCGAACGCAUUUCUUGGAUCUUGCACAUGGUCGGAGUGGACAUUUCGGGUUUGAGAAGACCUAUGGAACUCUUCUGCAACAGUUUGAUUGGCCAGGAAUGAAAGGAUCUGCUCAGAAAUUUAUUGCGGAAUGUCAGGUAUGUCAAAGAACCAAGGUCCACAGGCAUAAGCCUUACGGCCUGGUGAGACCCCUCCCCAUUCCUAAUGGACCCGGUGAGUCGAUUUCCAUCGACUUCACGGACAUGGGAAAGGUGAGUGAGGCAGGAAAUUCACAAGUCAUGGUCAUCGUUGACCGCUUCUCCAAAUUUCUGAACUUGAUUCCUUUCCCUCCCCAUGCCCCAACUGAACUGGUCAUCGAAGAAUUCCAUCAGCAGAACAUUCUGCAGUUUGGCGUCCCGAAAACUAUUGUGAGUGAUCGGGACACCAGAUUCAUCAACAAAGAUUGGAAGGACUUUACCUCUCAAAUCUAUGACAUUAAACUGAACAAGACUUCUGGUCGACACACCGAAGCCAAUGGUUUGGCCGAGGAGAUCAACCAGACUGUCCGCGCAUUGAUUGUUCCAAAUCAGAACACGUGGGACAAAGAGCUGCACAAAGUGAAGGGACUGUAUAACAACUCCAUCCACUCGGCAAUUGGCGUGACACCAAAUCAGUUGCAAUAUGGAUGGCCGAUGCGUAAUCCCCUCUCCUAUCUGUUCCCUGAACGGUCACCUGGUCUAAUGCCCGACAUGCCUGGCUACAAUGCCAAGUACGCACGCUUGCUCAAAGUUGUUAUUGCAGCCAUGAACAAGCGCCAGCAUGCCAUGAUCAAACAUGCUAACAAGUUGCGCAAAGAAGAAAAAUCCAAAGUAGGGGAUUAUGUUCAGGUUAAAAUGUCUGAGUUUUCUGAUGAAGAGGGCAUAUCACGAAAACUCAUUCCAUUGUACUAUGGCCCUUGGCAGAUUCUGAAGGUGAUUGGGGAUGAUUUUGGUCCUUCAUAUGUGAUUGACGUGCCUCCUCAUCUACGCACGUAUCCGGUCUUUCAUGCGUCCAAACUGUUUCAACAUAUUGAUGAUGAGACAUUUCCCUUCCGAGACCCUAUGAUACCUAUAGACAGAAUCGUUUCUCGCGAGGGAAGAGGGAGAAAUAGACAGUACAAGGUUCACUUCCUCUAUCACCUGUUGACUGAGUUCUUCUGGAUCGACCGAAAAGAGCUGCUAAAGAGUGCUCCCCGUGUUGUGAACGCUUAUGAACGAAAGAUCGUUGAGGGACAGACUGCUAAAUUUGUUGCGACCAUGACUCCUCACGGACUUACUAAGUCUCUCCUUCUGAUUUACUCUUAUGAUGCAUUUUGUGCCAACUCUGAACGAGUUACUCGCUCGAAGGGACCUCGCUCUUGAGAGGGGGGUAAUGUAAUGACUCGCCAAAAACACAGACUGAGAACACUGCUGAUUUCUGGGAUUUGCCGCUGGAAUGAAUGCCUUGCUGAAAU